GAUGCAUCAGACACACCGCAGACAAGCUGGUUCGAUGCCUUGUCAGAUGUGGACCUCCAGUUCGUACAAGCCCUCCACCAACUCAGACGCGAGCGCACGCGAGAAAAGUAUGGUCUCGGGUUGCUGAAGAUUAUGGGCCCGGUGGUGGUUAUGACCAAUCAGCGACUCGAGAGGAUCGCCGACUGCGCUCGCGCUCACAAGCUUUGCUGCGUUGAGAGUUUAUAUCGCGAGAUGAGGUGGCGUCGUGAUUACGACUUCAACUAGCUGGAAGAACGUGUUGUGCGUCUUGCCAACGACUUCUAUUCAAUACCCCGGGCUCAGGAGUCGAGCGCCAUGUGUCUGGAUGUGGACGAAUCAAGCUCUUCCGAUGGUGGCGCCGCGGUGUCUUCUAGCGGACCUCAGACGUGCGGCGUGUGCGGCUCCUCCCAGACCGACUCCGUGCAGACAUUGGUUAGUGCCGUGGGCCACCUCACGUUACAAUCCGAGUAGCGUGUGGGCACGUCUGCGUUCCGUAGGCGAAUAUAUUCGGCCUCUAGUUCCGUGCCCACAGCUAGUUAUAGCC